AUGUCCCAAUACCUGAACCGGAGCGUCCGCUUCGCUCUGGACGGCACAUCCAGAGUACUCCGUAUGGCCGGCGCCGACGCGCCGCAGCGUACGCCCAAGACGCUGCUCACCUUCAACUCGCGCGCGGACCUCGAGCAGCUCGCGCUCGGCUGCGACGCCGACAUCGGCGGCACGUCCUCCGUGCACAUGGACCUCGACGAGGCGCACCGCUACGAUGGCAGGCCGACGGGGAAGUUCUGGGGCGACAUGCGCCUCGCGGUGCGGAAGGAGCUCGAGGGGCGCGUGCGCGGCGGGUACGCGGGGUUCCGGAACAAGCAUAGACCGACGCUCUUCGGUGAGAUCACCGAGGACGUCACCUUCCACGAGUACCUCGCCCUGCGCGUGCGCGCCGCGGGCGACCCGCGCACCCGGCACUCCUACUACGUCAACCUCCAGAUGGACGGGCCCAUCACGACCGACAUCUGGCAGCACCGCCUCUUCUUCAACCGCGACGACGGCGCCUGGGAGGACCUCUACAUUCCGUUCGACGACUUUGUACUCACCAACGCCGGGGAGGUGGCGAGUAAGGAGAUGACGAUGGCGCGGGAUAAGGUUAGGUCGAUAGGCAUAUCCUUGCUAGGCGGGAAUAGCGGUGUGGAGGGGCCGUACGAGCUCGGUAUCGACUCCAUCCGCGCAGUGAACGCAGAGGACGUGACAAUACCGAAACGUGAGUGA